AUGCAUGUGGGUAUCCCAUGUUCCAGGUGGUAUUCGUCUUGCCAAGUUGCGCCAGCAACUUCAGCAUCACACGGCAUUGCAUCGCGGAGAUGGUAUUCAUCGCAGCAAGAGUCUGAAGCAAAGCAGGAAGAGGUCUUGAAGGAGAAUACCGAGGGAACCAAAGAAACGCCUAAGGAAGACGCUGCAAAGGAGAACCCGCUGGCACACGAGUUGGAGAGCAAGAAGAGGGAGAACCUUGACUUGACAGAUCGAUUGAAGCGACAGGUGGCAGAGUACCGCAACCUGCAAGAACAAACGAAGCGCGAGGUACAGGCAGCGAAGGACUUCGCUCUCCAAAGAUUUGCCAAGGACCUUCUUGAGAGCAUAGACAACCUUGACCGUGCGCUCGAGAAUGUGCCAAAGGAAAAGCUCACCGAGGCAAACCAGGAGCUGGUCAACCUGCACAAUGGGCUCAAGAUGACCCAUGAAAUUCUGUUGAAGACAUUGAAGAGACAUGGCAUGGAGGUGUUUGAUCCAAGUGUGGAGGGUGAAGCCUUCAACCCCAAUCACCACGAGGCAACGUUCCAGACACCCCAAGCUGACAAGAAGGAUGGAACGGUUUUCUACACUCAGCAGAAGGGCGUCUUGUAUAACGGAAGAGUGCUGCGGGCGGCAAAGGUUGGCGUUGUCAAGAAUUCAUGAUGAAGUGUGCCACGAGGACACGAUCCAUUUGCACUGCUGGCAGAGAAGUUGUGUAAUACUAGUGUAAGCUGCCGACAAGGCCAAAAGAAUCCAUUGGGCGUAGAGUCUCCACUUUGGACGCAGAUCCUGCAUUCUAGCAUGCAUGGCUAGGUGCAUGGAAGGGCUGUACAGUAGAAGAGCGGCAUUCGUGGAUAGGGAUUAGUGCAGGAUUGCAUAUCAAAUCUAGGGCUGGCAGUCUUAUGGCAAUCUGGCUUGG